AUGAAGCCUGGUAAAGAGCCUGACGAGUGGGGGGGGUCGGUAUGGGAAGAAAAAACACCAGAGGAGAGCAAAAGAGAGGAUGGGCUUGAAGAUCUCGUGAAGAAGGUAUCGUCACUCUUUUACGAGAGUGAGGACUUUAUUAAAGUCUUCGAGGAUUUCGUUGAAACAAACGCACACAAGAUCGACCUCGACGUCGAAGAAAUGAAGCUCGAGUACACAGAUCUGUACGACGACUACCAGGCGUUGUUCGAGAAGAAAAUCGAAGGUCAGUGCUGGUCGCAAUGCGACCAACACGGCGAUAUAUUCUUGGAUGCGUCCUACUCCACAAAUUGA